AUGAAACUUCUUGGAGUGAUUUUGCUUGCUCUAUUAACAGCGGCACAAAAUCCAUCUUGCAGACUGAUGGUAAACAGUGAAAUUCCAGAUCUUUCGAAAGAUGGAGACAUCAUAAUUGGAGGUAUUUUCUCAUUUAACAUUAUUCAGAAUUCAGAAGACAAGAACGACUUCAAAAAUAUGCCAAGAAAUUCAAAAUGUUUAAGAAAAAAUUACAGGGAGUUGAAAUUUGCCCGUACAAUGAUCUUCACUCUUGAGGAGAUCAAUAGAAACAAGAAGCUUCUGCCAGGUGUCACACUGGGCUACAGGAUUUACAAUGCCUGUGGAGACCAGAAUGUGCUUGGUGCAGCAAUGGCUGCUGUGGUUGGGCCUGAAAAGCAAUACAUGACAGGGGAUGCCUGCACCACGGCCAGAGUGCAGGCACUCAUUGGAAUAUCUUCAUCGGGACCCACCAGCACAGCAAGCAAGACAAUCGCUCCCUUACACAUUCCACUGAUCAGUCACCUUUCAACCUGUGAAUGUCUGAGCAACAGAAAGUUAUUUCCUACAUUUUUCAGAACUGUACCCAGUGACCGAUUUCAGAUAAAAGCUCUUGUGGAGCUCCUGAGACACUUUGGCUGGACAUGGGUGGGUUACAUAUAUAGUGCAGAGACAUAUGCUGAGGAAGGAACAGCAGAAUUCAUCAAAACUGCAAAGGAAGAAGGAAUCUGCACUGAAUACAUGCUACAGUUCUUUGGCAUUGCCUCUGAAAAAACAGUACUUUCAAUUGUUCAGAAAAUAAAAAGCUCUACUUCAAAAGCUGUUAUAGCUUUCAUGUCUUUCUCCUAUUUUCAGACUUUCUUAGAGAUGACAAAAGAGAUGAAUAUUACAGGAAUCCAAUGGAUUGGGAGUGAGGCCUGGAUUUCAACAAGACAAUUAGCAAACUCAGGAACUGCGAAUAUUCUGCAAGGUGCAAUGGGGUUUGCCAUUACCGAGAGUUACAUACCAGGUCUGGCAGAUUUUUUACUGAGUUUGCAGCCAUCAGAUGCGCCUGAGAGCAUCUUCACUAGAACCUUCUGGGAAACAGUGUUUGGCUGCAGUCUUUCUUCCUCCAGCAGCUCGGUCAACCUUAAACUGUGCAAUGGAUCAGAAGAUUUAAGGACUGUCACUAAUGACUACACAGACAUGUCAGAUUCAAGACCUGUUUACAGUAUCUAUAAAGCAGUGUAUGCUGUAGCACAUGCUAUCCACAGUCUCCUGCAGUGUCACAAUGGGAAAAAUCCCACCACUGGAGAGCGCUGUUACAGUGAGAGUGACAUCCAGCCGUGGCAGGUACUACAACAUUUGAAGACAGUAAAUUUUACCACGUUUUCUGGGGACAAGGUCUAUUUUGAUAAGAAUGGAAAUUCGGUGCCCGAAUAUGAUUUAGUGAACUGGCAAAUUGACUCAAAGGGUUCUGUCAAAAUUGUGAACAUUGGCCGAUACGACGGGUCCCUGCCAAGUGGAAAAAGGUUUAUAAUAAAGCAGAAUGUUAGCAUUAUGUGGUCUGGAAACCAGGAAAAGGUGCCGAAGUCAGUCUGCACAGAAAGCUGUCCUCCCGGAACACGGAAAGCACUAAACAAGAGAAGGCCUGUCUGCUGCUUCGACUGCAUUCAGUGUGCUGAUGGAGAAAUAAGUAACGGGACAGACUCUGUCAACUGCAUGAAGUGCCCUGGGGAGUACUGGUCCAAUGACAGAAGAGACCAGUGUAUUCUGAAAGCCACUGAGUUUCUGUCUUACGGGGACAUUAUGGGACUACUUCUCCUUGUGUUUGCUUGUCUUGGUGCACUUUUAGCACUUGCCAUUUUUGCUGUAUUCUAUCUUUCCAAAAACACUCCCAUCGUGAGGGCCAACAACUCAGAGCUGAGCUUCCUGCUGCUCUUCUCGCUCACCCUCUGUUUCCUUUGCUCUCUCACUUUCAUCGGCCGGCCCUCUCAGUGGUCCUGCAUGCUGCGUCACACAGCGUUCGGGGUCACCUUUGUCCUCUGCAUCUCUUGUGUUCUGGGCAAAACGAUAGUGGUGUUGAUGGCCUUCAGGGCUACACUGCCAGGCAGCAAUGUCAUGAAAUGGUUUGGACCUCCACAGCAGAGACUCAGUGUUCUUGCAUUCACUCUCAUUCAGGUCCUCAUUUGUGUGCUCUGGUUAACAUUAUCCCCUCCUUUCCCCAACAAGAAUAUGAAGUACUACAAAGACAAGGUCAUUCUCGAGUGUGACGUGGGCUCAGCCGUGGGCUUCUGGGCUGUGUUGGGCUACAUUGGUCUCCUCUCUCUCAUGUGCUUUGUACUGGCUUUCCUGGCCAGGAAGCUGCCCGACAACUUCAACGAAGCCAAAUUCAUCACAUUCAGCAUGCUCAUAUUCUGUGCGGUGUGGAUCACCUUUAUCCCGGCCUAUGUCAGCUCACCGGGCAAGUUCACUGUAGCUGUUGAGAUCUUUGCCAUUUUAGCUUCAAGUUUUGGUUUGCUCUUUUGCAUUUUUUUUCCUAAAUGUUACAUCAUCAUAUUUAAGCCUGAGUUGAAUUCAAAGAAACAUUUGAUGGGUAAAAUGGAAUCAAAAUAA